CUCUGGUUGUCAAGAAGAUGGCAGCUUCCAGGCAGGCAUGAGAGGAAAUACUUCUUCAUAAAUCGAAUGAAUUUGGAUUAUUGCCGCAAGAUUAGACCACAAACCCGUGUUUUUGCAACUACUGCAUCGAUAUAAAAGUCAUGUCUGCCCCUGGCUCCACGGCGUCGGUUCUGCAGCCGCGGUGGAAGCGGGUCCUCGGAUGGUCCGGUCCCGUUCCCCGGCCCAGGCAUGGACACAGAGCUGUGGCGAUAAAGGAGCUUAUGGUUGUCUUUGGUGGGGGAAACGAAGGAAUAGUGGAUGAAUUGCAUGUAUACAACACUGCAACAAACCAGUGGUUUAUCCCAGCGGUCCGUGGUGAUAUUCCCCCCGGCUGUGCAGCAUAUGGUUUUGUAUGUGAUGGCACACGAUUGCUGGUGUUCGGUGGAAUGGUGGAGUAUGGAAAGUACAGCAACGAUCUCUAUGAACUUCAGGCCAGCAGAUGGGAAUGGAAAAAGUUGAAAGCGAAAAACCCGAAGAAUGGCCCCCCUCCUUGUCCUCGUUUGGGCCACAGUUUUUCCUUGGUUGGCAAUAAAUGCUACCUGUUCGGUGGACUCGCCAAUGACAGCGAGGACCCAAAAAACAACAUUCCCAGAUACCUAAAUGAUCUGUACACACUUGAGCUGCGUGCGGGUUCAAGUGUGGUUGGAUGGGAUAUUCCAAUCACAUACGGAGUCCUGCCUCCUCCCCGUGAGAGCCACACUGCUGUGGUCUACACAGAAAAGACCAGCAGGAAAUCUCGCCUGAUAAUCUACGGAGGCAUGAGUGGUUGUCGCCUUGGAGAUCUUUGGACACUUGAUAUCGAUACCCUGACAUGGAACAAACCAUCAGUAAACGGGACAGCACCUUUACCCAGAAGUCUUCACUCUGCCACUACCAUCACAAACAAGAUGUAUGUUUUUGGAGGAUGGGUUCCAUUGGUAAUGGACGACGUCAAAGUGGCCACACACGAGAAGGAGUGGAAGUGCACAAACACUCUCGCCUGCCUAAAUUUAGACUCCAAUUGUUGGGAGACAGUGUUGAUGGAUACUCUUGAAGACAACAUCCCCAGGGCCCGUGCCGGCCACUGUGCCGUGGCCAUCAAUUCCCGACUCUACGUCUGGAGUGGCCGCGACGGUUAUCGUAAAGCUUGGAACAACCAAGUCUGUUGUAAAGACCUCUGGUAUCUGGAAACAGAGCGGCCACAUGCUCCUGCCAGGGUGCAGCUAGUCCGUGCCAACACAAACUCUCUCGAGGUCAGCUGGGGCGCCGUCUCAACCGCUGACACUUAUUUACUGCAGCUGCAGAAGUACGACAUCCCAGCAACUCCAGCUGCAGCCUCGCCAGCCAUGAGUGCCACCCCCGUACAGCCCCUGAACUCUCCAAAGAGCCCAGCACUGGCUGUUGCAGCUCCCUCUGCUCAGAACCUCCCCCAGACAGGUACUUUACUAGAGACUCAGCCAUGUUCACUGUUGUUGCUACACCAACAAAUGCAAAGAAGUCUAAUCACCUUUUGUGUUUCAGCCGUCUUGAAGGUUGCGGCUCAACAGUCUGCCACAGGCGCAUCUGUAGUCACAGUCCGCCCCAGCCAGCCCGGGAAAUCCCCCGUCACUCUGACAUCCCUCCCGCCGGGUGUAAGAAUGGUCAUGCCCGCCCAGACCACCCAAGGAUCGCCAAUUGGAAGUAGCCCUCAGAUGAGUGGCAUGGCAGCUUUAGCUGCUGCAGCUGCAGCAACACAGAAGAUCCCGCCCUCUGGUGGCACUGUCCUCAAUGUUCCUGCCGGGGCCACCAUUCUCAAAACUGUUUCCAUGUCCCCUGGCACAACCACAAUGAAAAUGGCUUCUCCACUCAUGGUCAGUAACCCAGCCACCCGGAUGCUGAAGACCGCUGCAGCCCAGGUGGGAACAGCUACUGGUUCUUCUCCCACCAACACCAGACCCAUCAUCACUGUGCAUAAGUCUGGCGCAGUCACUGUGGCUCAGCAGGCCCAGGUGGUUACCACUGUGGUGGGAGGAGUCACCAAGACUAUCACCCUGGUGAAGAGUCCCCUCACCAUGGGCGGCAGUGGCACUCUGAUCUCCAACCUUGGCAAGAUGAUGUCUGUUGUACAAACCAAGCCAGUGCAGACAUCAGCUAUCACGGGCCAGGCUUCCACUAAUCCUCUCACACAGCUCAUACAGACAAAGGGUCCCCUCCCAGCCGGCACCAUCCUUAAGCUGGUGACCUCUGCCGAUGGCAAGCCCACGACCAUCAUCACAACCUCCCAGGCAGGAGGCACUGGAAACAAGCCCACGAUCCUCAACAUCAGCGGGGUCUCUCCCACCACCACUAAGCAGGGCACCACCAUCAUUAAGACCAUCCCUAUGUCUGCAAUCAUGUCCCAGUCCGGAGCUACAGGUCUAAACUCACGUGUGACCAGCAGUGGAGGCAUGAAGACGCCUAUCACGAUCCUCACCACCAAAGUGAUGACCACAGGAUCUCCCAGUAAAUUCAUCACUGCAGUUCCCAAACUCGCCACUGCAGCCGGACAACAGGGACUGACACAGGUCGUAUUGAAGGGCGCUCACGGGCAACCUGGCACCAUCCUGCGCACUGUGCCUAUGAGCACAGUCGGUGGUGUUCGACUUAUGACACCAGUGACCAUGUCUUCUGUUAAGCCCGCUGUCACCACUCUGGUUGUCAAGGGGACUACUGGUGUCACCACUCUCGGGACGGUCACCGGUACGGUCUCCAGCCUGACAGGAGCAGUGGCGGACAGCUCCAACGCCUCUCUGGUUACUCCCAUCACCACCCUGGGAACCAUUGCCACCCUGUCCAGUCAGGUCAUCAGCCCGGCUGCAAUAACUGUGUCAGCCGCUCAGACCAGCCUGACCUCUGCCACCACCCUGACCUCCUCCACCAUGACGGUGCAGAACCAGCCCACCCAGGUGACUCUGAUCACAACUCCCAGCGGUGUUGAAGCUCAGCCAAUCCAGGACCUACCCGUGUCCAUCCUGGCUUCUCCCACCUCCGAGCAGCCCAGCUCCUCUGAAGCUGGAGCGGCUGGCGAGGGCUCAGGCACCGUCACCCUGGUGUGCUCCAACCCGCCCUGCGAGACCCACGAGACCGGCACCACCAACACGGCCACCACCGCCUCCGCUGCCAUGGGAGCAGGACAGGUGUGCUCCAACCCGCCCUGCGAGACGCAUGAAACGGGCACCACCAACACGGCCACAACCGCGUCGUCAAACAUGUCGACGCCGCGCAUGUGCUCCAACCCGCCGUGCGAGACCCACGAAACAGGGACGACCAACACAGCCACCACAGCGUCCAGCAGCAUGGGAGGAGUCCAGAAGGUUUGCUCCAACCCGCCCUGUGAGACCCACGUGACGGGCACCACCAACACGGCCACCCAGUCGUCAUCCAACAUGAGCACGGGCCAGACGAGCACGGGCCAGACGAGCACGAGCGCGCCCAGAGUGUGCUCCAACCCGCCCUGCGAAACACACGAGACCGGGACCACCAACACCCCGUCCACAGCCACCUCCAGCAUGGGGGGCGACCAGGCCAGCACAGCAGGAGGCCCCGUCCAGAGAGUGUGCUCCAACCCGCCUUGCGAAACACACGAGACCGGCACCACCAACACAGCCACCACUGCCACCUGCAACAUGGAGACAGGCGAAGGCCAGCAGACGGAGGAGGGAGCAGAAAGUACCACCAGCGCAGAAGUGGCCCCCACCACGGCAGCAACAAGCACUGUUACCACCACCCAGGGCAGGGCCGUCACUACUGUCACUCAGUCUACACCCGCACCCGGACCCUCAGUUCCGUCGAUCUCAUCCAUCACAACCAGCUCCCCAGAGGAGCCCAUGCAGACCGAUGAGACGGCAUCAGCAGAGGCUGCACCUGCAGGAGAAGGAGCGACCGCUAUGGAGACGCAAGCCGAGGGUCAAACAGCCGCAGCUACAGCCAUGAAUCUGCCCUCGGAGCUGAUGGCUGAGGCUCAGGGUGCCACCCUGAUGGUAACGGGGCUGUCGGACGAGGAGCUGGCUGUGACUGCAGCUGCAGAGGCCGCUGCUCAGGCAGCUGCUACUGAAGAAGCUCAGGCGCUCGCCAUCCAGGCAGUCCUCCAGGCAGCACAGCAAGCCGUAAUGAGCGAUUCCUCCGGAGAGAGCCAGCAGCCCACCACCAUCCCCAUCAUGUUGACCCAGCAGGAGCUGGCGGCACUGGUCCAGCAGCAGCAGCAGCUGCAGAUGCAGGAGGCUCAGGCCGCUGCACAGCAGGCCAGCGCGGAGGCCAACCUGCCAACUGAAGGCCUGGCCCCCGCAGACAGCCUCAACGACCCCUCCGUCGAGAGUAACGGACACAAUGAGAUGGCAGCCGCAGUCACCAGCGCUGUGGCGUCUCUGCUGCCUCGCACCACCGCAGAGACACUCGCUCCUUCGAGCACAUUUGCGCCGUCUGUAUCGGUGGCAAGUCCAGCCAAGCUGCAAGCAGCAGCUGCCCUGGCAGAGGUGGCCAAUGGGAUCGAGGGAGAGAAACAAGCCCCACAGCCAACCCCGGUGAAGGCUGUUGUAAAGAAAGACAACCAGUGGUUCGAUGUUGGGAUCGUUAAAGUGACAAAUAUGGUUGUCACCCACUUCUAUAUGCCAGGAGAUGACUCUCAGGGAGAUGAUGACUCUGGCAACAUGCCCGACUACAGCCAGAUGAAGAAAAUGGAGCUGCAGCCGGGCACAGCUUAUAAGUUUCGUGUUGCUGGAAUCAACGCUUGUGGCCGUGGAUCUUUCUCCGAGAUAUCUGCUUUCAAGACCUGCCUACCAGGCUUCCCAGGGGCUCCUUGCGCCAUCAAAAUCAGCAAGAGCCCGGAUGGUGCCCACCUGACCUGGGAGCCCCCCUCUGUGACGUCGGGGAAGAUCAUCGAGUACUCUGUGUACCUGGCCAUCCAGAGCAACCAGACAGCCGAAGCCAAGGCCUCCACCCCGGCGCAGCUAGCCUUCAUGCGCGUGUACUGUGGGCCCAACCCCUCCUGCUUGGUGCAGUCGUCCAGCCUCUCCAACGCCCACAUCGACUACACCACCAAGCCCGCCAUCAUCUUCCGCAUCGCCGCUCGUAACGAGAAGGGCUACGGCCCCGCCACCCAAGUCCGAUGGCUGCAAGAAUCCGGCAAAGACGCCGCCUCUGCAAAACCGGCCCCAAAAAGACCAGGCGCCUCUCCUGAUACUAAGGUUGCCGGUCCAAAGAAAGCGAGGACGGACCAGUGAGGUCGCCCGGAGACCCCUCCCAGUCUUUUGUCCUUUUUUCCACUCGCUGUCCUUUUUAUCAGGAAGACUGACCUUCACCCCUCCUCCACCACCUCCUCAUCCUCCAUCCUAAUCUCAUCCUCCACCCUUCAAGUCUCAGAGACAGCAAUUGAGGCAGAACAACCGUAUGAAGCCGAGAUGAAAGUCAAUCUGAGAGAUGUUUCUGUAGAUAAAACCCUCCUUCCUCCUUCUGUUGGUUGUACUAUUUUUAGAGCAACAGAAAACUUAGAAGCACAUUAUCUUUUUCUGUCACAUCCCCUUCCAUCGUUUAACAUCUAUUUUUGGCUUGUUUCAGUAGUUGAGCAGUAUAGAGAAGCAUUUACAUCUUUCACAAACUGGGAGCCAGCCUGAGCGCAAUGUUACCUUCUUUUUUUUUGUCUUUGUUUUGUGAAUCCAAGGGGGGAUGUAGAGAGAGACUACACAAAAUGAUGUACAGUGUUGAGAAAAAAAAGGCUGUGGAGGCUUUAGUUUAGAUGAGAGGAAAAAUCGGUAUGGAUACAAAUAAAGCACUUGUCCUCAGCGACAGAGGACAUCAUUUUUCUCCUUUUUCUUUUUUUGCUGAAAACUAAAAUUUGCAUCAUCGAGAACCAAGUCUGUAUUCGCCGUACUGGACUCCAGUCUCCUGGUAAUGUCAUCACUGUGCGCUUUUUACCCCGACGUGAGGACUGGUGGCCGACACUUCGACGUGGACAAGAAGAGAUUUGUAGAGAGUGAAUUACAGACAUUGCUAUAGGACUGAGACUUGCAGCACACACAAACACACACAUACACACACACACACACACACACAAAAAUCGUGCAAAAUCUUCCCAUAAAAUUAGCAAGCAGCAAUGACGCAGAAGAUCUUUUGUGUAGUUUAUUUUUGUAUUUUUUAAGCUUUUUUUUGUUUGUUUCUUUCCUCCUGUGUGUAUGUCGUGUGCAUUUUAAAAAGAAAAACAUCACUUUUUUUAACUGUUUGUUCAUCCCCAUAGUUUGUGUUCGUGGGAAGAUCGGUGGCUGUGUUGAGGUUGCCACUAUAUUUUUAAAAGAAAUCUUCAUUCAGCCGGUUGUAUGUUGUUGUUGACAGAAAGUAAAUAAACUGCAGAAAGACUUUUGUAUUUGUUCCAAGUAACCCGAGGUUAUAGGACUGAAGGGAACUCUGAAGUGGACCCAGGGAGAGGAGGAGAUUUUACUUUGUUUACUACUCAAUGCUUGUGUUGCUUUGUUUGCCAAACAUGAGGUAUGAGGGACAACAUCAGAUCUUUUCAUACCCCCCCCCCCCCAACCUUCCCCCUUUGAUAAACAAAAAAAUGAUCCCCCUCUUUUUUUAUGCUAAUGAAUGUGGUGUCUCACCUCUUCUUUCUUUCUUUUUUUUUUUUUAGAAUGGCAAAUUAUAUUAGUAGACAUAUUUCCCCUACCCUAUUAAUGUAUGUGAAUCCAUUUAAUUCAUUUUAAUUUUAUUUUUUUCUUUCCACGGCUCUGUAUUUCAGACUACAGAUGGUAUUCAGGCUAACUGUGAUGUGUAAAACUUGUGUGUCUUUGGAAAAUGGGGGUGUCUUUUGGGAAGAAAAGCUUACCUAGCCGGAGUGUACUCACUUGUAAAUUAGUUCGUUCAUAGAGCAAGAAUAAAACAAACAAAAAAAAAAUUCAUCAUCUUGGCCUUUUAUAUAAUUACCUGUAACAAACUGUUUUUACAUGUCGGUCAUCUCGAUUGCCUUUUUUUGUCUUUACUUAUAAAAGAAACAAAUAUAUAUCUAUAUAUAUAAAUAUAUAUAGUCUCCCUGAUGGUUUGCUUCUGUCGAGCUGAUUCACUGUAGGAGUCUGAAUCACUGCUAGGUUCAUUACAACACGAGGAUCUGUACAGGGAGCGUUGCAGGACUCUAUAUCUACUUUGUCACGGUAAAAGGUCAGGAAGAUCCGAGGUUUUCCGCUUUGCUGCCUUUUUUCUCCGGCCGGUGCCUCGGUCUCUCUCGUUUUGUGCUCUCUCCCAAUUUGUUUCUUUCUCAAAAACUCUCUUCAUAUGCAUUCAUAAUUUUUGUGUGUGUCGGUGUGUCUGUUGAACAAAAACUAGACAUGCAUGCAAAAGCAGUGUAUUUUAGUAGUGAUGCCUUAAGUUAGACCAUAAGCUGAAGGUUCUCGAGAUAAAAAAAAAAAAAGAAAAAACAUUUACUGAGUUUGUUCCUCUCUCCAUGUGGUAUACAAUUGUGUCCUUUUCCUUCCACAGUACCUUUGCUGGGUCACUAUUUUUGCACCCUCGUUAGAUAGGUCAUCAUCAGCAGUGCCGAGGUCUCUCUGAACUUUCCCCCCCUCUCCCCGGCUUCUCGGGGACGAGCGCUGUCUCAGCACUCACAGGCGUUGCGAGUUUCUCUCGGCUGUUCGCAGGUUAUCUGGAAAUGUCCUGUAUUUUCCAAUGUGUGUUUUUUGUACUGUAGGGAGUAAUGUAUCUUUUAUCAUCAAAAAAUAAACAUGUUAAACAUA